GGCGGCGCGCGGCUCUGACUACUCCUGUCCCGCAGCCCCGGCGGCCAGGCCGAGCGAGAGCCGCCCCGGAGGGACCGCAAAUGAAGUGCGAGAACUGCACCAAAAAGGAAUGCAGUAAAAAACAGAAAAAUGACGAUGCGCAAAAUACGGCGGUGGAUGUGCUGAGUCCUAACGAUGACUUUGAGGAGAAAAAUGAGUUUUUUACAUUGGCUAAUGCUAAAAUACUCCUUAGCGACUGCCUAGCGUGUGACAAUUGCAUGACAUCAGAAGAAGGAGCCAGAGUUUUCCAACAGAAUCAGAAGGAGUUCUUUCGCAUACUCAACCUUAAUAAGAAGUGUGAUACCUCAAAACACAAAGUGUUGGCAGUGUCUCUAUGCCCUCAGUCAUUGCCUUAUUUUGCUGCUAAGUUCAGUCUCUCUGUGAAUGAUGCAGCCAAGAGACUCUGUGGUUUCCUCAAAAGUCUCGGGGUGCAUUAUGUAUUUGACACCACUAUAGCUGCUGAUUUCAGUAUCCUGGAGAGCCAGAGGGAGUUUGUGCAGCGGUAUCAACGGAGGAGCCAGGAGGAGCAUGCCUUACCCAUGUUUGCCUCUGCUUGCCCUGGUUGGAUCCGGUAUGCAGAAAGGGUUCUUACCAACCUUGUGACCCCCCACAUUUGCACUGCAAAGUCUCCACAGCAGAUCAUGGGCUCCCUGGUAAAGGGCUACUUUGCCAGGCAGCAGAAUUUGUCUCCAGAAAAAAUCUUCCAUGUAGUUGUGGCACCUUGUUACGACAAAAAACUGGAAGCCUUGAGGGAGGACUUCUACACUGCCUUGUACAACUCCCAAGAAGUUGAUUGUGUUCUAACAUCAGGUGAAAUUGUCCAAAUAAUGGAGCAGAAAAAUGUGUCUAUGAAAGAUGUGACUGAAGUAGCUGUAGAUACUUUGUUUGGAGAGAUAAAGGAGGGUGAUGUGGUAAGGCAUGAUGGGAAGAGAUCUGAUGGGUACCUGGAGCACAUCUUUAAACAUGCUGCAAAGGAGCUUUUUGGCAUGGAUGUCAAAGAAAUCACCUACAGAGCAUUAAAGAACAAAGACUUUCAGGAAGUUACCCUUGAAAAGGAUGGUGAGACAGUGCUGCGUUUUGCAGCAGCUUAUGGCUUUCGGAAUAUCCAAAACAUGGUUCUGAAGUUGAAGAAAGGAAAGUUUUUAUACCAUUUUGUAGAAGUCCUCGCCUGCCCAGGAGGGUGCCUAAAUGGAAAAGGCCAGACACAAACUGAAGAUGGGAAACCAGAUAAAGCACUGCUUAGCCAGAUGGAGGAUGUCUAUGCUGCAAUACCUGUCAGACUUCCAGAAGCCAACGCGUACGUACAAAAGAUGUACCAGGACUGGCUGGAAGGCAUGGAUUCCAGGAAGGUCCAGGAAGCUUUGCACACCAAAUACAGUGCAGUAAAUCAAACAGCAAGCAACUUAGAUAUCAAAUGGUAACAAAUCAAACUUCCCAAAUAUUUGCUUAAAUUAGUUACAGAUUGAGCACUGGAAACAUUCUAUGCAAUCGCAGACGCUAUGCACUAGCCAAGUGUACAGAUGAGAUGCUUUCCAAAUUGUGGAUCGUUUAUCAUGAAGAACCAUUGCUUUUUGCAAACAAAACCAGAAGUCUCCAAGAGCCCUGGCUCCUGCUGGGUUCCUGCCAUUGUCUGUAAGCUCUUACUGCUUGUUGUCUCCUGUGUAUAAUGGAUUUCUUCAUUCAAGAAUGUGAUCUUGCAAGGUACACGAGCACUUUCUGCCAGGUGCAGGGAGUGUAAUUCUGAGAUACUCCAGAUUGAGGGUUCCCACUACUUCACAAAUUGGGUUUUUUGCAGGCGACAUCACCUUCUCCUACUCCACAGUGUGCAGUUUUCUUCUUGGGGGAACAGUCAUCAUGAAUUACUAUAUUAUUCCAGUUGUUAUUUAUUAACUUGGGAUUUACUUGUCGUCUUGUUAAAAUAACUCCACAACUUGGACAAGUGUGUAUAUGGAGAGAUGUAAGGAAUUUAUACAUGCCUUCUGUCUGUAUUUGAGCAAAUGCUUUUCAGUUCCAAACUAGUCACUGUUCCUUACUGGUAAAACCUUUUGUAGGGAACAAGAUACUUCAUAUAGACUGAACACGAGAAAUUAAUGUUAAGUGGUUGUAAUGCAAUCCUUCCCAUAAAAAUACUUGCAAAUUGGUUGGUACAGAAAGAAUUUUUCCUCUUAAGCUUUCUUAUAAACUCGCAGCUAGAAAGAAUGAUGCUGCUUACCUGCAGUUCUUUAUGGAAGCAAAAUGUGCAGAUGUGCUGCCAUGUGAGCAUGUGCACAACAGCUUCGUUAGAUCUGCUGAGCCAGAUUUACAGCACUUCCAUCUCAUCUUUCACUACACAGAACCACAUUAUUCCUUUUAAUUUAUCUCCACGAUGGAUUUCUGUGAGAGUAACUUCAUGGAGUGCUUCUGGAAAACUACUUAGCAGUGCUUGUGAGGUCAAAUUGUUAUGCAUUGGCGUCAUUAAUUUUGGUGUCCUUAUUUUUUAGGUGUGCCAUUUUUGGUAUGCUUUUUAUUUAGCAAACAUCUUAAAGUGGUAUCUGUGUGCAAAC